GCCGCCGCCCUUCUAUGAAGUGUUUACGUUGCUGUCCUCCUCCCGGUGGGUGUGUGAGUGAAUAUAUGUGUGUGUAUGCUGUCUGAGUUUAUGGAUAUAACCGUUGUAUUCAUUCGGGAACAAGUCACCUUAGACGGAGCACCUGCAUACUGCACGGAGUCAGUCAGAGGAGUGUGUUAACUCAAAAACUUCACUGUGAGACAAGAUGUUUCAGAUUAAAAAGAUUUGCUGUAUAGGCGCUGGGUAUGUUGGUGGACCGACAUGUAGUGUUAUUGCCAGCAUGUGUCCUGAGAUUACAGUAACAGUAGUGGACGUUAAUGAAUCCCGGAUCAAAGCCUGGAACUCUGAUACUCUGCCCAUUUAUGAGCCGGGUCUAAAUGAGGUGGUGCUUUCAUGUCGUGGGAAGAACCUCUUCUUCUCCACAGACAUUGACUCUGCCAUUAAAGAAGCAGAUCUGGUCUUCAUUUCUGUAAACACCCCCACUAAGACAUAUGGAAUGGGGAAGGGUCGUGCUGCUGACCUUAAAUUUAUUGAGGCAUGUGCACGGCGGAUCGUGGAGAUGUCGGACGGGUAUAAAAUUGUUACGGAGAAGAGCACGGUUCCGGUCCGUGCAGCUGAGAGCAUCCGCAGGAUAUUCGAUGCAAACACCAAACCUAGUCUCAACUUACAGGUUCUCUCUAACCCAGAGUUCCUUGCAGAAGGUACGGCAGUGAAGGACCUGAAGGAACCAGAUCGCGUCCUGAUUGGUGGGGAUGAAACUCCGGAGGGUCAAAGAGCCAUCAGAGCUCUGUGUGCAGUUUAUGAGCACUGGGUCCCCAAAUCACGCAUCAUCACCACAAACACCUGGUCAUCUGAGCUUUCAAAGCUGGCAGCUAAUGCGUUUCUAGCCCAGCGCAUCAGCAGUAUAAACUCCAUCUCUGCCCUGUGUGAAUCCACUGGUGCUGAUGUUGAGGAGGUGGCUAGAGCCAUCGGCAUGGAUCAGCGCAUCGGGAGCAAGUUCCUCAAAGCCAGCGUUGGUUUUGGAGGAAGUUGUUUUCAGAAGGAUGUGCUGAAUUUGGUGUAUCUGUGCGAGGCGCUGAAUCUCCCUGAGGUUGCUUCAUACUGGCAGCAGGUGAUUGACAUGAAUGAAUAUCAGAGAAAGAGAUUUGCUUGUCGGAUCAUUGACUGCCUGUUUAACACUGUUACGGGGAAGAAAAUCGCCUUGUUAGGUUUCUCCUUCAAAAAGGACACAGGAGACACCAGAGAGUCAUCCAGUAUCUACAUCUCUAAGUAUCUGAUGGAUGAGGGAGCUAAGCUUCAUAUUUAUGACCCUAAAGUGCUGAAGGAGCAGAUUAUCCAGGACCUGUCUCAACAUAGCAUCUCCGGAGACAACCCACAGAGAGUGUCUGAGCUUGUCACUGUGUCGUUAGACCCCUAUGAGGCGUGUGAAAGUGCACAUGCCCUGGUCAUCUGCACAGAGUGGGACAUGUUUAAGGAUCUGGACUAUGAGAAAAUAUAUCACAAGAUGCUGAAACCAGCAUUCAUCUUUGAUGGACGACGUGUCCUGGACCACCUCCACCCCCAACUACAGAACUUUGGCUUUCAGAUUGAGACUAUUGGAAAGAAGGUGACAACGCGAAUCCCUUUCACGCCCUCUGGUGGAGUGCCUCGACACAAUGAACCACCCAGCAAGAAAGCUAAAGCCUGAGACAGCAACUCCAUCACACACAUUCAUGUGCACUUUGGCCUGAUUAAAGUCUUUUGCAAUGACAACCAAAGUAUUAUAAGCGCCUGUUGUUGGAAAACUAUGCGUGUGUGUGUGUUUAAUGAUCCAGACUGAAUUGUGCUUGGAAUGUGUUAAGGUUUUUAUCUCUCAUGGCUGUUUGCAAGAAAUGCAUACAGUGAUUUAAUGUUUUAAACAUUUUAUCAUUCAUGUAUUUUGUUUAUCGUGAUUCUUAGAAUUUGUUUAGAAUGUAUUCAUAUUUGCCAUUUUGAAAGUUUGUGGAAACAAGAGAUUUUAAAGGCAUAGCUUCCUCAAUAAUGAAAAUUCUGUCAUGAUUUAUUCACCUUUGUGUUGUUUCAUGGAGUUAUCUCGCAGAAAGUCUAAGAUGCUCUUUUUCCAUACAAUGAAAGUGAAUGGUGACCAAGGCUGUCCCUGAACCCCAUCCACUUUUCUUGUACAGAAAAGAGCAGUUUGGACAUUCUGCCAAAUAUGAAACAAUUUUCAUUUUGGGUGAGCUGUCCCUUUAACUGCACAAAAUUGGUGUUAAUGCAUUUUAAUGUCCCACUACUGUUCAGUUGUGUAUCCUUGUUUACACUUCAGUGUUAUGGAUUUUAAUGGCCAAAUCAUCUUCUAAUUUGAGAGAGAUCUCUGCUGGAGCAGCAUCAGAAGGAAGGGGAACUUUUAUCUGAUAUUGGGACCAAGUUGGACAUUAAAUUGUUGCAGACGUUUAGCUUAAAGAAGCGAACCAGUCAUUAAUUAAUCAUCUUAUAUACUGUAUAUUGUUGGGCCUGCACUGUGUAUUUUAUUGUAGAAACGCAGUUGCAGUUUUUAUAAAAUCACUUCUUACUGUACAGGUUUGUAAUAGUCAUGUACAAUGACAGCAGAAAACUGAUUUCUUAAAUAAAACAUGGACCAAUCAAAA